AAUAUCUGGCCUCUGCUACUGCGAGAUGAGCUCUCUUGUUCCGGUGGCUGGAUCGGCCUAUAGCUACGUCUACACCAUCCUUGGCGAAUUACCGGCAGCUAUUAUUGGUUUCGUUCUCUGUAUUGACAACUCCAUAUCGGCCGCUGCUAUCGCUAGGGCCUUCGCUGCGUAUGGCGAGCGAGAUUGUUUUAGGUAUGACUUCGAUCUCGGGUCGUCUGAGAAUCUUUGGUCGAUCUCCCUCCUCUCCUUCGUCCUCUGCAUCCUAUUGGGGUUGCUGCUUUACCGUGGGAUUAAACAAACUAGCACUUUCAACAACUGGAGUACGAUUCUCAAUAUGACUGUUAUUCUCAUUUUCAUCGUUGGAGGUUUUAUAUUUUUCCGGAGUGAUAUUUGGAACCCUACUACUCCUGAAGGAAUCGUCCGCGGCUCUGGACGGGUCUUUUUCGCGUAUCUCGGAUUUGAUGUUAUCAACUGCCUCGCGGAGGAAACCACUGAG